AUGUCUUCCGCUGCAACAACAUCUGAUGGUAAUACAUCAAACUUUACUCUUCCGUUCACCAACAUCUCAAAUUUUGUCUCCUUGAAAUUAGAUAAUACAAAUUUUAUACUAUGGCGUGACCAAUUUGAGUCUAUUUUAAUCACAACUGACUUAUAUGGUCAUGUUAAUGGUGAAAUUCAAAAACCAGGGGAAAGAGUAAUGAUUAAUGGAGUUCUUAGUUUAAACCCAAGAUGGGUUUACUCGAGAAAAAUGGAUAAGUUUGUAGUUAGCUGUUUAAAAGCUACUUUUACAUCUGCUAUUUCUGGGGAUGUUCUUGGUUUAACUACAACAAGAGAAAUAUGGGAAUAUCUUCAAUCUUGCUUCAAGACUCAGUAUAGGGUACGUAAGAAUAUGUUGAGAGCACAAUUGUUUGGUAUUAGAAAAAGAAAUUUACAUAUACUAGUGUACUUACAGAAGAUUAAAAAAAUUGCUGACUCCGUAGCUGCCAUUGGUGAAAAAGUUAAUGAAUCUGAUUUGAUAAUGUAUGUGUUGAAUGGUUUGGAAACGGAGUAUGAUAAUUUUGUUGUCUCAGAUCAGUAUCAUGUGAUCAGGUAUCACUAA